AUGUUGAAGAUCAAGGCUAAGCCUGCCAGCGGCCAUGAUAAUCGCACUUCCGCAAACAUGGUGUUCUCUAUUCCGAGCAAAUUGAAGGAGGAGAAGAAUCCCAAGGUUUGGGAAGAGCUCGUCGCCAUGGCUCUGCUCAUUCUGAACAAGCUAGAGCCGAUCUGCGAGAACAUCGCCUCAUGUUCGAAGCUCAACGCCGAGAUCAAGGCUGCUGCGCUGAGCUGGAUCCAGCAAAUGAAAGUUGUCCGAGAGCGAGCAGCUCAGAGUGGCAAGGUCAUCAUCGGAGUUUUUGGAAACACGGGAGACGGAAAGUCUUCUUGUAUUAACGCCCUUUUGGGCGAGAAAAGCUUACUUCCAACGAAUUGUGGGCGUGCCUGCACUGCAUGUGUGACCGAGCUGUCGUACAAUAACGACGAUGACCCAGAGAACCCCUAUCGAGCACAGAUCGACUUCAUUUCCCGGGAGGAAUGGAUGCAUGAAAUUGAGAUCUUUCUCAAGGAAGUUGCUGUCAAUCAUGCCGGGUUCGACGACAAGGUCACCAACAAGCAGGCCGAGGUUGCGAAGUCGGUUGCGAAAGCCAGAGCCGUCUACGCCAACAUGGACAGUAAAGUUCUUCUCGGAAGUUCUGUAAACGAUCUCAUCAGACAUCCACACGUACACGAGGUUCUUGGAACAACCCGGGAAUUCAAAGCUUCGACGGGAGAUGAGCUUGAGUCCUUUAUCAAGCUCUACAUCGACUCGGGCGACAAAGAUGGCGAGAAGGCGAUUGCAUACUGGCCGAUGGUGAAGGCUGUCAGAAUCUUCACCAAGGCCAAAGCCUUGUCCAACGGCGUCACGAUCGUCGACCUUCCUGGGAGCCAUGACGAUGAUGCUGCAAGAGCUUCAAUCGCCAGCAACUACAUGAAAUCCUGCGCAGGUAUCUGGAUUGUUGCACCCAUCAAAAGAGCGGUCGACAACAAAGUCGCUAAGGACUUGAUGAGCGACGCGUUCAAGCGACAGCUCAGACUCGAUGGGUCCCUCUCGAACGUUACUUUCAUCUGUUCCAUGACAGAUGAGCUAGAAGUUGAGGAAGCAGUGAAAAAUUUCAAGAAAAGCCUGGACCCUGAUACCAGGCAGGCGUGGAAGAAGGCAAUCGAGUGUGAUGGGGAUAUCAGAGUCCUUCAGCAGACGAUCAGAACUCUGCGAGCCAAGGGUGAUACGACUUCGAAGCCUGAUGAUGAGCCGGACAUGGAGCAGCCAGCUAAGAGAAUCAAAACCGACGAAGUCACUGAGAAGUCAAAAAAGCUCGAGGAGGUCAGAGCUGAGCAGACGAGACUUGCUGAGAAAGUCAAGAAGGCAUGCAUUCAGAAGCGCAACAAGAUUUCGCGGAAUAACUUGCAAGAUUAUUUCCGCAGCGUGCUGAGAGAGGCGCAGCAACAAACGGCAGCUUUUAACCUUGCCGACAAUCUUCUCGACGAUAACAUGAGAUUGCCGGUGUUCUGCAUUAGUAGCCGUGCAUACCAGCGCCUCGAAGGGCUUUCAGCAGGCGUCUCUGACUCUCUCUCCGGGUUUGACGACGCUCAGGAUACUGAGAUCCCCCAGCUCCAGCGGCAUGCGCAAGGCUUGACCGAUGAUCUUCGAAUUGCAAAGAACCGAGAAGUCCUCGCUACCAUUUCUCAGCUUCUUAAUUCCAUCUCUCUAUGGACACAGAAUGUGCCAGACUUCAACACUGCAUUGGACGCAGAAAUGCUGAGGUCUCUUCUGGAUGAGUUUGAGCAAGAAAUGCUUUCGGUUACUGAAGCAGGUGUGCAGAAGCUUCAAGCCAGUAUUAAGGACGGUAUCUGUCGUAAGAUGACCGCACUCUCGUAUAACGCAAAAGUGGUGGCUUUGGAAGUGGCUUCGGGCUGGUUCAAAGUCAUGCACCACGCGACUCUCAAGGCAACAUUCUGCCGAGGAGGUGUGUGGAAGACUCGAGACUUCAAUAAGGAGCUUCUCCACGAAUAUCAAUUGAACAUCUUUGACGACUGGAUGAUGACAUUCCGUCUGGGCGUCCCUUCCAAUUUGGAUGACGUUCUCCUGGAGACACAUUCUCAGAUCAACUACUUCCACAAGAGAAUCAUGAGACAACUCGAAGAAGAUGGACAGGUAGAGACACAGUCUACGAAGAGACUUCGGCAACAGCGCGAUUUUCACCAGGAAGCCUUUAAGCGACUCAUCACGCAAUCGAAGUUCUACAUCAACGAGGCCCAGAAAGAUGCCAGCCGAAGGCCCCUGCAGAUAAUCGCGGAACAGAUGAACCCAGUCUACCGCUCUUGCAUGAAUAUAAAAGGCGAUGGAUCAAAGAAACGAUGGCGCGGUCUCAUAGAGCAGCAUAUUCGUGCUCACAUGAACGAGAUGUUCAACAUUGCGAUGGGAGGUUCCCUCUACAUUCUGCACCAAGCAAUGGACAGCUAUGUUAAGGAACUGACAGCCCAGACAAAUGCCACUGUUCGGGCGAUGCGCAAUGACUACAUGAUGGCUCUGGCCAAGAGAAAGGAGUCUGCUCGUCAUCAUGAGGCUCUUCUGAAGAAGGACAUGGUUCGUGUUCUCGAGCUUGCAGAGAUGAUUCUGGCGUGA